ACGCAGAGAGUCCGAGCCCCUCGCUGCGAGCGGCCGCCGGCCUUGGGGCUGCGCCUCCGCCUCCGUCCGGCCGCUGGCCCGCCGAGCCCCCGGGACAGAAGAUGAAGGAGCCACUGCUCGGCAGCGUGGCCAUGCCCGGCACGUUCCUGCAGAAGGCUUGCCGGCUGCUCGUGGUCUUCUGCGCCCUGCACCUCACCGUCACCUUGGUCUAUUAUUUGUCCGGCCGAGACUUCGGCGUCCUGCAGCUCUUCUCCGAGAACCAGCAGAGCCAGGACCUGCGGGGCGCGACGGAGGGAGCGGGGGCGGCGGCGGCGCAGCAGCCGGGGACGGAGAAGCCCCUCGAGUUGGCGACCGAGGGAGCGGAGCCGGAGAGCCGGACGCGGGACUCGACCCGAGCGGAUUGCCCCGACCCCUCCCCGUUGCUGGUUGGUGCAUUGCGAGUAGAAUUUUCCCAGCCAGUGAAUCUGGAAUCUGUGAAGGAAUCCAAUCCGGAAGUGAGAAAUGGAGGCCGAUUUACCCCAAAGAACUGUAAAGCCCUUCAGAAAGUGGCGAUCAUUAUCCCGUUCAGAAACCGAGAGGAGCACCUCAAGUACUGGCUGUACUAUCUCCACCCGAUCCUUCAGCGACAACAGCUAGACUAUGGCGUUUAUGUUAUCAAUCAGGAUGGAGAAGAAACCUUUAACCGGGCUAAACUUCUGAAUGUAGGCUUUCAAGAAGCCUUGAAAGACUAUGACUACGGCUGCUUUGUAUUCAGUGAUGUCGACCUGAUUCCAAUGGAUGAUCGAAACACCUACAAGUGCUACAGCCAGCCAAGGCAUCUGUCCGUAUCAAUGGAUAAGUUUGGAUUUAGACUACCUUAUAAUCAGUAUUUUGGAGGUGUAUCUGCUUUAAGCAAAGAACAAUUCCAUAAGAUCAAUGGAUUCCCUAAUAAUUAUUGGGGAUGGGGAGGCGAAGACGAUGACAUUUAUAACAGAUUAAUUUUUAGGGGCAUGACUAUAUCUCGCCCUGAUGCUCUUAUCGGAAAAUGUCGAAUGAUCCGCCAUUCAAGGGACCAAAAAAAUGAACCCAACCCACAGAGGUUUAACAGAAUUUCACACACCAGGGACACCAUGAACUCUGAUGGUUUGAACUCACUUUCAUACAGAGUGGUGGAAAUUAAAAAAUACCCCUUGUACACCCAAAUCACAGUGGAUAUUGGGUCACCAAGAUAGCAUUUCAUGGGGUGCAAUAAAACACCGGAAAAUAAUCAAGGACCACAGUUUCCUCUGUUUGCAAAAUUGCUGGGAUUUCCCCCCACCCCCCUCUGGUUUCUCCUGCAAAGUGAACAAGAAGGCAUCGUUUAAUUGUUCAAAGGCCUUUCCAAAUUCCUAGGAAGAGUGGGACUUUUCAUCCUCAGUUUGCCUCUAUACAAAUUUUCUAGCUCUAUGUCAACUUUAGAGAUUGUAAAUAAGUUGUAUAUAUUUUGGUCUUGUUGGCAAGUACCACCUAUAGUUCUCGGCAGCGCACCCCAGGAGGAGUUAAUAGAUGUAUGAAACUGAAGACAGAUGCUCUCAAAUUACAGUAAAUUGAUGCUUAGUUCCCAACGAUAAUCUGCCAAAUGUUAAUAUAGGUAAGAAGAAUACUGCUUUAAAUUUUUGCUAUGGCUCACUUUAUGAAGGACUGGAAAAUGCUGCUAAAAUUGGUUUACAAGUUUACAGUUUGGGUAAUAUUUUUUUUCAUGGAGGCAGUAUCAUUGUGCCUGGUGGUGUUUGUCUUUGACUGUUUUCUGACAACAACCAAAACAUCUACCGUGUCCAAACAUUUUUUUUUUGUCCACAUAUUUGAUCAGAAAUCUUCCUCAAAUGCUGCAGUUGUAUUUUUUAUUGCUCUGGAGAGAAGAUUCAGAAGUCUAGCAUUGGCAUUUUGCCUUACCAAAGUUUUAAGCGUGAGAAGAGUAUUCUAUAGCAAAAGUCAAAAGUGUUGGGUGCUGGAUCAUUCAUCUGUAAAAUAUUCUGUCUCCAGCUAUCUUAUUUCUGAAUGUAAAGAUGUUUUCUGGUUUUAUAUCAAUUUGCAUUUGUUCAAGGACAAAGCAGAUUGUAACUGUGGGUUAAAGUGAUCGCUUUGGACUCCAAUUUACCUAAAUAUUUAGAAUUCUGUAAAUCAUGAAAACUUAUUUUUCUGGCAGUGCUGUACUUGAAUUUACUAUGUACAUUUUUAUUGUGAUAUUUUAAAUAUAUUGGGGAGGGAAAGUUGUUUUUUUGGAAAAAAAUGUAUUUGUAAGCUGUAUUCGGUAUGGUAAAUGCCCCUAGCAGGUAAGACUUAAAAAACCACCUUCUAAUGCUUCACUAUGUAGAUGCCAUUGUGUUUAGUUGCCCCUGCACAUGUGAUGAAAUCUUUUUAUGUGCUGUGGUACUAACAGGACAACCGAGAUCUACUCCAUCUGACUUAACCCCUUGCUCUAGGGACCCUGAGACACUAGCAAAAUAUCUGAUGACUUCAGGAAUUCCUCCCUAAAGGGGAGAAAGUAUCAUCUCGGGCCCCCUGCUACCACUCAGCACAUCAGGGAAACGGGACCAAAAACUGUCCAGCUUCUCCCUUCAACUUUGGCGAUAUAAAAUGAAGGAAAAAAAAUUUCUCUCACCGCCAGGACUAGUAGCCCUCCUGACCAAAAAUGGUGCUACCCUACAUUUAGUCUCUCUCCUGACCCUAGCACCUCCCUCAACCAAGUCUCGAAUGUGUCAGCAUAAGGGAAAGUAAGCUAGCUAUACAGUUUUUCUUUUGUUGUACCUGGAGAGCUGCCGUCAGAUGUGCUUGGGCCCCCUUUAAUUCUUGUCUCUUAUGCUGUCGCGUCAUCUCUGACCCAUAGCGACUCCAUGGACUCCUCUCUCCCAGGAUGCCCCACCUCCAUCUGCAGUCAUUCUGGUAGUGUACCCAUGGAGUUGUGAUAAAGAUACGGAAGUGGCUUACCCUUGCCUUCUUCCGGGCAGUAAACUUAAGUGUCCGCCCUCGAGUCUCUCCCGUGCCACUGCUGCCCAGCACAGGUGAGUUUUGCUUUCCACUCUCUAGCUGCUGCCCAAGCUAGGAAUGGAAUGGGUCCCUCUGCUUGACUCUCCCUCCCCUAACCGACAGAGUACUGGAAACUCACUCUCCAGCGGUGAUCCUGAGAGGGGCCCUUUAAUUCUAGGGACAAUCUAUUUUUUCUUUAUUCUAAAAGCUCAGCAGUGUCUCCCCCUGUGAUAGAGAUGCCGAUCACCGGCAGUUGUUCUGCUGCCUGUGAUCGUCAUCACUCAGCUGGUCUAGCGGAUGUGUCCGAAUGAGGUGCUCCCCCAAAUUUCCCUUUGAUUUGUACAUCCGCAUCUGGGCUUGGCCCAGACCGAGUAGGCCUAGGACGGCAUCAGGUCUACCAGAAGCGGAGUCCAUUUGGAAGUGCUGGUGUUAUGGGUGGCUGAAAGAGGAGGGGAAACUAAGGAACUAAAACCACCCUGUACCGUUGAGGUAACAAAUGACUGCUAUUGCACUUUUUAUUACACUGAACUGAGUGGGUACAGAAACACUAGUCAGAGCAACUGACCUUGCUCUCGUGGGUGGGUGGGAGGUGGGGGAAAGAAUUCAGGCUGGUGCCUUACGUAGUUUCUCACGUGUGCCUUUAUCAUUUUGAGUGUCUUGAUUUACUUUUUUUAAGAAACAAUUUCGUGUAUAAAAGCUGUUUUCCACUGCUUUAAAAGUUAUGCAACAAGAUUACUCUUCAGGCUUUCUCCUGUGAUGACAAUGUUAUCAAAACGGGGAACUAUUACAGUAGAACUAUAGCCCAGGAGAGAGGACUAUUAACUGCAAAUCUUAAAAAUGAAUAAUCUCUCCCUUUGGGCAAGGUCAUCACUGGGUCAGUUUGCCUAUGUGCCUUUAAAGGAGGGGGUAAGGACCGGAAUAACAACUUUUCAUGUUGCUCGCUCAGUUUUCCAAGCAACGUUUUUAUUAAAUGACAUUCCUUAGGUAGGUGUUUUCUUCAUUGUGAAUUUGAACACUUUUGAUCUCAUUAAGUGUGUCGAUCACUAUCUGCCCCAGAGGAGAAAAGUUUCCUCUCCUCCCCAUCUUGCUAACCUCCUGAUGCUCUCUUGGGCUUUCCCCUCGCUGAACGUCGAUGGAACCUGUAGCUCUCAAGACUGUGAAAUUUCUCUGGGCCUUGACCAAGCCGUGUAAAUCCAGUCUUUGUUCUCUCUGGGAUUUUCAGGAGCCUAGUUUUUCAUUCAGAAGUGAAUUUUGACUGUGAAACUGACAUUUGUGUUACUACAUUACCACCCCAUUCGGUUGCAGGUGACACUGUCGGCCUAUUGUUGGGUAAAUGGUCAGAAGCUUAAGCACAUAGCUCAGCAUAAAGAAAACACAGGUACCUGGGCAUCUUAAGCAUUCAUGUUAACUUCUUAGGUGUGGUGUUCAUUUUUUCUCUCCCACUCUUUGUUUCUUUCAUUUUGAAUCCUGAACUUCCAGCAGAUGCUUUCUGUAGGCAAGUAGGCUUUGCACUUUGAUCACAUGUUCGUGUGUGUGUGUGUGAGUGUGUAUGUGUGUAUAUGUGUAUGUGUGUAUCUACAAUCAAAACGCUGGAGGUUCCCACCUUAAUUUUCAUAUCAAAUGACAAAUGUAUUUUCUGCCUUUAAAUUUAGUAAUAUAACUUGAAUAAAUGGCCUUAUCUUUGUA